AUGAAGUUAUUAUUUUCUUCGUCUUCUGGGAAAGAAAAAGUACCAAAAAACUUAAAUAUAACUUAAAAGAAUAUUUUUGGUAAUUCUGAAAACUAAGCUGUUGUUUUUUAGAAUUUAAGAAUUGCUGUAGUCACUGCUUGCAUUAGCACCGAAAACACUGAAGUGAUUAUAAACCCUUCUAAUUCAUCUCUCUCUAAUACGACUGGAAUCAGUCAUGCAGUUGUCAAUAAAGGAGGAAAGAAGCUUAUUGCUGAAUGCAAUUAAAUAAUUUAAAAUUAUGGUUAAAUCGAGCCAGGCAAUGCAAUAAUAUCAUCUGCUGGUGAAUUGAAUUGUAAAAAAGUUAUACAUGCUGUAGGUCCUUCGAUUUUUUAAAAUUCUGAAGAGGCUGAACUUUAACUUCGCACUGCUAUUUUUAAUUCCUUAAAAUUAUGUGAUUUGUACUAGUACUAGAGUAUUUCAAUACCAAUAAUGAGCUCAGGAAAGAUGGUUGGAUUUUCCAAAGAAAAGAGUGCUAUGAUUAUUUUUAACUCUGUUAUUGAAUACAUUCUAAACAAUUCAACAAAUAUCAAGCAUAUUCGCUUUACCAAUCUUGAUAAAUCUAUUUCUGAAGUUUUCACAAAUCUCCUUAUCAAUUUUUAAAAAAGAUAUGUAUAGGUGCUUGCUUCCUAAAGAAUGUAACAAGAAAUCAUCAUUCCGAGAUACAGAGUAUCAUUAGAAUCUAAUUCAUCUAAUUCUUCUGCAAGAAAUAGUUAUGAAUAAUGA